AUGCGCAUCAACGAACAUACUUGCGUCUCCACGACGAAAGUGGUUUUGGUACCCUAUUCGGCGCACCAUGUGCCCAAAUACCACGGAUGGAUGAAGGAUCCUGAAAUCCAAGAAGCCACGGCGUCUGAACCCCUGACGCUUGAAGAAGAAUAUACCAUGCAACGCAGCUGGCGCGAGGAUGGGGAUAAAUUGACCUUUAUCGUCUGUCAAAACCACACCCGUGCCGACACCGAUGGGGGAGAGUGUCAAGAGAGCAGCGAUGGAGAGACUCAGCGCGAGGUCGACGCCAUGGUCGGAGACGUGAACCUCUUCAUCUCCACCGCUCCGGUCCAAGACGACUCCGUGCAGGGCGAGGGCGGGGGCGAGGGCGAGAUCCUCAUGGCAGGCGAACUCGAACUCAUGAUCGCAGAGACGGCCCAUCAACGCAAGGGGUACGGCCGAGCCGCGCUGCUCGCGUUUCUCAAGUACAUUACACAACACGAGCGCGAGAUCCUGGCUGAAUUCCAGGACUACUCUCACCCUGGACCUACUCCUGGUUCUCCCACCACCACAACCACCACGAUCCCCGGACAACAAGCCCACUUCACGCACCUGUCCGUGAAAAUCGGCGGCACGAACCUCCGGAGCAUUGCCCUCUUUGAGAGUCUGGCGUUCCGCAAGACGGGCGAGAACCCGAAUUACUUUGGCGAGUACGAGCUGCGUCUGUCGCGCGCGGAACUGGGGGAUCUGAUCGCGCGUGUCGAGGGUAAUCAUGAUGCGCUGGCGGACACGGCAGAGCGCAAGGGGUUACUGGUGGGGUAUCGCGAGGCGCGGUAUUCGUGCCAUUAA